CGAUGAGAUUCGCUUACGUCCGGUUCCUCUUUCUCAUUUCCGGUUGCACUGCAAUUUCUCGAUCGGAAACAAGAGAGUACGAGAGAACUAGAAGUUUUUUAAGAGAGAAGAGACAUUUGCUUUUUCCUGAUCCAAAGGAUAGCGAAACAAAAGUUCAGGUGCUUUUUGGUCUUGGUCUACCGAUGGAGGAGGAUAUAUCUAUGACUCUCGGUUACGUGCUGAAGUGUAAUUACGAUCUACCCUACAAUUCGUCGGAUUUCACAAGAGCUCACGCACGAUUUAAAAAGUUCACCGACAACGCUCUACCGCAGGGUGAAAAACCGGAGCACCGAGGUUUGAGCCGUUGGACCCUCUACAGAAUGCUGGAAUCAGCGAUGGGAAAGCUAGGCUCCGGUAAGGCUUGUCUACUCCGUGCCGUUUGCGAAUCAGCGUCGAAUCCCUUCGAGAAAGGACGCGGACUCCUAGGGGAACUCUUGCACGUUCUACUUACGCCCUCAACGACCUUCGAAGAAUACGAAAUCUACUCUGAUCGCGAAUACUUCGCGGCCGAGAAGAUCGGGCGGAACUCCAAUGGGAGAUGCGGAUACUUUUAUUCGGAGUGCCAAUACAAUCCGUUAGAUUAUUUUACGAUCAUCCGUGCCCUCUAAGCAUCAACGAGAAAACAUCUGCCACGUUCUCUCUUUUACUAUUACUUUCUUACGUUAUUAUUCCGCAGAGCGGAUGCUCUCUAUACGAAUGAUUCUGUGCAAUGAAUGGAGUGCGAUGUGUGACUCAAGAAUUAUAGAGAAAAAUAAUAUUAUCAUGAAGCAGCAAUGAGUUCAUAUCGUAAAGGAUUAAAUAAGUAAAUAUUAUUUCCAAUAAGAAUUUCAUUGUCGAUGUAAUCUAUAUAUAUAUAUAUAUAUAUUUUUUUUUCAUAUUAUCCAUUUAGAAUUUGACAUAUAUAAAAUCGAUUUUAAGCGAUUCGUUCGUAAGUACAUUGAAAGUCAUUUAAUCCUCGUAGUGCAUAGUAAUAAGCUUAAUAAAGACUAAUAACUUUAUGUAACAUAGCUGAAAUAUCGACAUCAUACCAAAUGCGUUACGCUGAAUUUAAAAUGACGUUAUUACAUCGGAAAUAUAUGCGUGAGUCCGUAAUGUA